AACUUUACCGAACAAAAAAAAUGAAGGAAAAAGUUCAAAACUUUUCUGCGACACCCAAUUGGACAUUUCACAUUUUCCAACGUUCUCCCCGAUCCCAUGAAGCGAAGACCAAUUAGAAAAGAACCACUUUCUCCGCACAAGUCCUUGGUCCCUGGAUUCCCUCACUUUCUUAGCGCCCAAACACCCUCAGUCCCAAACCAAAGUUUUCUGUGUAGCAUCUUUUGGGUGAAUUCGGCCGGAGACCCUUCGUUAGCUUAGUUCAAGCAGAUAAAGAUAAAUAAUGCCGAACUGGGAGCUCAAGAAUUGUUGCAAGCAUGAUCAGGUCGUUUUCUUGGCCUCAAUCGGUGUGUUUACCGUUGUAAUCCUCGCGCUUUGGAGGACAGUACUAUUGACACCUUUUAAGCUCAUCACCGUGUUCCUGCAUGAAGCAAGUCAUGCAAUUGUUUGCAAACUAACGUGUGGCCAGGUAGAGGGAAUGGAGGUUCAUGCAAAUGAGGGUGGGGUAACGCAAACUCGUGGUGGGAUUUACUGGUUGAUCUUGCCUGCUGGAUAUCUUGGUUCAUCAUUUUGGGGAAUGGCCUUGAUACUCGCAUCUACACAUAUCAUGACUGCAAGAAUUGCUGCUGGUUGUCUUGCGCUUGCUCUGUUGGUUGUGCUCUUUGUUGCUAAAAAUUGGACACUUCGAGGACUUUGUAUUGGAUUCAUUAUUUUCCUUGCUGUAAUAUGGAUUCUGCAAGAAAAAACACCAGUCCGUAUUCUUCGCUACGUCAUUCUCUUCAUUGGAGUGAUGAACAGUUUGUUUUCAGUUUAUGAUAUUUAUGAUGAUCUAAUAUCUCGAAGAGUCCACUCCAGCGAUGCUGAGAAGUUUGCAGAAGUUUGCCCCUGCCCUUGUAAUGGGGUUGGAUGGGGAGUAAUUUGGGGAAUGAUAUCAUUUAUAUUUCUUUGUGGAUCCAUGUAUCUUGGACUCGUAAUCUUGUCUUGAGGUUCAGAGACUACGGUUCAAACCAUGCUUGAUGCAGAGAACGCAGUGCUCGCCUAUUCUUUGUAAUUCUCAAUGAUUGUGUAUACUCAAUACUGUUCAUAGACUGCUUCUCUAUUCAUCUGAUAGCAAGAGCGUGGCCUUGCGAAUCCUUAUUCCAUGGCUUUAUUCUUUUAGCCCUUUCUUCUUGAGGGUUGUAUAAAUACAUGAAAGUUCUAUGUAGGAUCAUUUCUAUU